AUCAUUCUCAGUUUACGAGAGCAUCGUUUUACAUUACAGCAACACAAAAUGGCAUUCAAAUUUGUCCUUUUGGCGACACUGCUCGCUGCCGCUAACGCUGGAGUCAUUGCUCCACACGGUUAUGCCUCUUCUCACCAAUCGAUUGAACAUCACCAUGCUGCUCCAGUCCAUCAUGUUGCUUCUGUUCAUGCAGCUCCCGUCCAUCACGUGGCCGCCAUUCACGCUGCCCCAGUUCAUCACACCAUCGUGAAGGAAGUCGAGCACCACGCUCCAGCCAACUACGAGUUCUCCUACUCUGUCCAUGAUGAACACACCGGAGACAUCAAGAGCCAGCACGAGACCCGUCACGGAGACGAAGUCCAUGGACAGUACAGUCUGAUCGAUUCCGAUGGCCACCACCGCAUUGUUGACUACCACGCUGAUCAUCAUUCUGGAUUCAACGCCGUUGUCCGUCGUGAACCAACCCACGUGAAGGUGGCUCAACCUGUGCACAAGGUCAUCGCCCAGCCAGUGCAUGUUGCAAGCCACGCAGCUCCAGUUCAUCAUGCUAUCAUCUCGCACCACCAUGCUGCUCCAGCUGCCUACGUUUCCCACCAACAGUCUGCUCCAAUUGUGCACUCUCACAGCACCCAUCAUGUUGCUCCAGUUGCCCACGUUUCGCACCACCAUGCUGCUCCAGUUGUACAUACCCAAACCACUCACCAUGUUGCUCCAGUUGUCCAUGGCAACCACCAUGUUGCUCCAUUCGCGCAUGCUACCAUCUCGCACGUUGCUCCGGUUACCCACUUCAGCCAUCAUGAUGGACAUCAUGCUACCAACCACUAUAGCCAUUACUAGACAAAUA